AAAAAAUUAAUUGCAUAAUAGAUUUGCAUUCAAUUUAUAGUCAAUUGUAUUCAAUGUUUACACAAUUAAAGAUGAGAAGUAGUUUUGCGGACACUUUGGUUGGCCUCACAUAUGGUUUAAUUGUAUUGUAAUUAACGGAUGAAUCGAUUGGACAACUGGUGGCGAAUGGCAUUCAAACGGAUAGCGAUGUCUCAGUUGUUUCCUCCAAGAGUUGGUCACCGAUUGAAGUGAUGUCAAAGACAAUGAGAUCUGCAAUCGUAUCGAUUUAAUUACAUUUAAAGACAUAAACCAAAUAUAACACAAAUAAGAGUAGUAUUUGUGACUCAAACCAUUGGCACAAUCAUUGACAGCAUAUACUCUAACUAUUGAAUUGGAUUUCUAUUGAAACAAUCGGUGAAAAACUUGUGAUAAACUAAUUGUCAAACAAAUCAGUCAUUUAAUGGCGUUAACAGCGAGACAGGUGUUGACACUAUUGGGCAGUUGUCUCCUUCAUCUGAUGGUCGGCUCUUGGAAUACGUUUGGAAACCUAAACACUUAUCUGACAUCAUAUUUACGACAAAACGGCUCAAAAGAGGCCAACUAUGGCCAGAGUGUAUGGUAUACACCGGUCGCUGUGACCGCCUUCACAUCGUUUACCAUAAUUAGCGGUUUAAUUGUCAACAGAAUCGGCACAAGAAUCACAUGUCUUUUGGCUUCACUAAUCUAUUGCGGUUCAGUAGCGCUCACAUCGAUUACUGUGAAGAAGUCAUUUCUAAUGGUUUUGAUGAGCUAUGGAUUUAUGCCAAAUAUGGCCAACGGAUUGCUGUACUCAUCAGUGAUUGUCAAUUGCAUCAAAUGGUUCCCCAAUAAUAAAGGUCUGGUGACAGGUGUGGUCACUGGUGUCAACGCUUUCAGCCCUUUUAUCUUCAUUCAAUUUCAAACAUUUUAUUUAAAUCCAAAUAAUGUGAAACCAAAUCGUGACGGAUAUUUUGAAGACACACAAAUGUUAUCAAAAGUUCCGCAACUAUUUAUCAUAUUGAGUGCAAUCUAUGGUGUGAUGGGUUUGAUAGGCAUUUGCCUAACAUUUGACUACAAAGACUCGCAUCCAAUGCCAUUGGUUGAAACCGAUGCCAACGAUAACCCUAUGAGCACAUCAAUGGUUAACACCGCGAUUGUUUCCGAAGACAAUGAGGUUCUUGUGGUGACACCGUCUACAUCGCCACACCAUUACUCUGUCGGACAAAAUCAUUAUACUAUUCGGCGCGCUAUAAGAACCCGAUUCUUCUGGAUGUUAUGCUAUAUCAAUGACGACCACUAUUUAGCGGUUGUCCUCUCACUCUCUUAUAUUAUCAAUGGAAUCGGAGGUGUCUUUUGGGGCAAAGUGUUGGAUGUCUUGAAGUUUAGAGAUACAAUUAUAGCGAUUAACUCGAUUACAGCGAUUUGUACUUUUUCGCUCAUAAUAUCGAGUUAUGUGUACCAAAAAUUAUUGUUUGUAAUUUGGGAUUUUGUCCUCUUCUUCACAAUGGUUGGCGUCUUCGCCGCGUAUUUGCCAGAAGUCGUCCGUAAGUUUGGCGACAGGAAUGCCAUCGCUAUCUAUGGGAUCGUACACACAGGCCCUGUAUUCGUGAGCUUAGCUCUGAGUCCAGUCCUAGAAUUAUGUCUUAACAGUUUCGGUUGGUUUCCAACCUUCUGUACUGUCGGCGCGUUUAAUACCUUAGGUAUGAUUAUUAUAAUGGUUUCGUAUUCGCGACUAAAAUAAUAUUUAAAGCGAUUAUAUGCCAAAAGAAUUCAAUAACCCGUUGAUUAACAU